AUGAAGAAACAGAAGGUCUUUGAAACGAUUAAUAUCUUUGAUCUCCUCUCAGAGGAGAUCGUUUUCUUAAUCUUAGACUGCCUUAACACGAACCCGCUUGACAAAAAAUCGUUUUCUUUAGCUUGCAAAUCAUUUUACUCUCUAGAAUCUAAACAUAGAAAGAAACUCAAGCCUCUUCGCCAAGAGCAUCUCCCAAAAAUUCUCACGCGUUAUCCGAGCAUAACCCAUCUUGAUCUCAGUCUUUGUCCUCGAAUAACUGACAAUUCCUUGACAACCAUAUCGAGUGUGUGUAACUCUACGCUUCGGUCUAUUGAUCUUUCGAAGUCGGGAGCUUUUUCUGGUUCUGGGUUGUUGAGUUUAAGCCUGAACUGCAAGAAUUUGGUGGAGAUUGAUAUUUCGAACGCGAUUGGUUUAAAGGAUGCUGGAGCAGCGGCGUUGGCUGAAGCGAAGAAUCUGGAGAAGUUGUGGAUGGGCAGAUGUAAGCUUGUUACUGAUAUGGGGGUCGGUUGUAUUGCGGUUGGGUGUAAAAAGUUGAAGGUGAUGAGCUUGAAGUGGUGUUUAGGUGUUGGAGAUUUGGGUGUUGGCUUAAUUGCGGUUAAGUGUAAGGAGAUUCGUAGCUUAGAUCUAUCUUAUUUGCCGAUUACAAAUAAAUGUUUGCCGUCUAUCUUGAAACUACAAUAUCUUGAAGAUUUAGUUUUGGAGGGGUGCUUUGGUAUUGAUGAUGACAGCCUUGCAGCCCUUAAACAUGGAUGCAAGUCACUUAAGGCCCUUGAUGUGUCAAGUUGUCAAAACAUUAGUCACCUUGGCUUGUCUUCGCUAACAAGUGGUACUGGAGGUUUACAGCAACUUACCUUGGCUUAUGGCUCUCCGGUCACUCUUGCUCUUGCCGAUGGUUUGAAGAAGCUUUCCAUGUUGCAAUCAAUCAAAUUAGAUGGUAGCGUGGUUACUUGUGCUGGAUUGAAGGCCAUGGGAAAUUGGUGUGUAUCACUAAAGGAGCUGAGCUUAAGCAAGUGUUUAGGAGUGACUGAUGAAGGUCUCUCGUCUGUUGUCACAAAACACAGAAACUUGAAGAAGCUAGACAUCACAUGUUGUCGCAAAAUUACUGAUGUUUCUAUUGCCCAAAUUACAAGUUCAUGCACUACACUCAGUUCCUUUAAGAUGGAGUCGUGUACCUUAGUUCCUAGGGAAGCAUUUGUUCUUAUUGGACAGCGGUGCCAUUCUCUUGAAGAGCUUGAUCUGACAGAUAAUGAAAUUGAUGAUGAAGGUCUGAAGUCCAUCUCUAGAUGUUCCAAACUCUCGACUUUGAAACUAGGAAUUUGUCUAAACAUUACCGAUCUCGGACUGGCCCAUGUUGGCAUGAGCUGCUCAAAACUCAUAGAGCUUGAUUUGUACAGGUCUAUGGGAAUUACGGAUACAGGCAUUUCAGCAAUUGCCCAUGGUUGCCCUGACCUUGAGAUGAUUAAUAUAGCCUACUGUAAAGACAUUACUGAUACUUCCUUAAUAUCUUUAUCAAAAUGCUCAAAAUUAAACACAUUUGAAAGUCGAGGAUGCCCCUUUAUAACAUCUUUAGGUCUCGCAGCCAUUGCUGUGGGAUGUAAGCAACUCACCAAGCUAGAUAUAAAGAAGUGUCACAACAUCAAUGAUGUUGGAAUGCUUCCACUUGCUCACUUCUCUCAAAAUCUCAGACAGAUUAAUUUAUCCUACAGUUCAGUUACAGAUGUGGGGCUCUUGUCGCUGGCCAGCCUCGGUUGUUUACAGAGCAUGACAAUCUUGCACUUGAAGGGCUUGACUCCUAGUGGACUGGCAGCUGCCCUGUUGGCAUGUGGAGGGCUAACAAAAGUCAAACUUCAGGCAUCCUUUAAAUCGCUGUUACCCCAGCCACUUUUUAAACAUUUAGAAGCACGUGGUUGUGUGUUUCAAUGGAGAGACAAAGGGUUUCAGGCUGAAUUGGACCCCAAGUGCUGGAAGUUGCAGGUGGAAGACAUGGUGGGUGGAGGAUACUAAAAUCCCAUCUCAGCAAAUGCUGGUUCCACAAUGUGCAUCAGGCAAAUUCUUCAGAAACUUGCUCCCUUUCUUCAGCGGCUUCAACCUGUUGUAUUUUUUCUCCGAAUCAUGGAGAAACAUAGAACAUAUUUUUUACUCCCGCAGUUUUGAAUUAAAUCUUCCAUUUCAAGUCAAGAAUUGUUGAUCCGAAUGUCUGGAGGUCUGUUUCCUGUAAUUGUUCAUACAUUGAUGAAGUGAUGGGGUGGAGCUUUUGGCUAACACUUUACAACAGAAAACAAAGAAAAUGGGAGCCAUUGGUUGAUUUUUUUGAUAAAGUGGUAUUGUAUGUUAGUCAGAAAGUUAUAAAAUUGCAUCCUUUAUGAA